AUGGCAGACUUAGCGAAACCGAGAAAGAUACGAGGAGGUCAUCGUGAUUAUUUAACCAAGAUACUCGCUCAAGCUACAGGGAUGUUAGAGAACUUCAACGAGGAACUUCGAAUUGAAGCUUCUCAGCUUAGGGAAGGUAUAGUUGACGCUGUAACAAACAUACAGAAACUCGAUGAUGAAAUUGUUGAGCUAAUUGCGAGCCACGAGGAUUCGACCGAAGAGGAUAUUAUGAAAGAGAUCGAGGAUGCGGGAAAAUUGAGAGCGGACGCUAGAAAGAUUGUGAAAAAGCUUGACGAGAAAUUGUGUGAGAAUAAUGUUACCUCCGUUGUGGAAUCAAGUGCUGGGUCAACGUCGAAUGAGUCGGUAAUGACUGCGAGUAAAGUUCGUGCUAAGUUACCGAAAUUGGAAGUUAAAAGAUUUAAAGGGAACGUGUGCAAAUGGCAAGAGUUUUGGGACUCGUUCGAGAGUUCAGUACAUUUGAAUGACGGUUUAUCUGACGUAGAUAAAUUUAACUAUCUUCGAGGGCUUUUAGAAGAGCCAGCAAAGUCAUGUAUCGCGGGAUUUUCGUUGACUGCGGCGAAUUACAAGUCGGCUGUUGAUAUUUUAAAGGAACGUUACGGGAAAAAGUCAGCCGUGCAACGUGCACAUAUGCAGCAGUUGAUGAAAGCCGAGCGUGUUAAGGAUGAGAAAGAUUUGGUGUCACUGCGACGUUUAUGUGAUCGUGUUGAGACACACUACAGGGGUUUAGAGGCGCUGGGUAUCGAGAAAAAUACGUAUUCGUCGAUUGUUGUGCCUCAUAUAUUGGAUUGUUUACCCGAGUCUGUGCGGUUAAUCAUCACAAGGGAAAAGGACUUCCAUGAGUGGGAUGUAGAGAAUCUACUAGAGCCUUUGAAAAGGGAGAUUGAAUUGCGGGAAGAACAUCGCGAGCCAGAGCGCAAGGGUAGUCGAGAGUUUGUCGAACGCUCAAGCUGGAAACGAAGUCCGUCGUCGGCCCAAGCUUUACACACAAAGUCAAGAGUAGAAGCCUGCGCUUUCUGUUUGGGUAUGCAUCGCCAUGAAGACUGCAAUCGAGUGAACAGUAAGGAGAAACGUAAGGAACUUUUAGUAAAGUACUCUCGUUGUUUUAACUGUUUGAGAAAAGGCCAUUUGGCACGAAAUUGUAAUGUUAAAGUUAAUUGUAAUACUUGUAAAGGGGAGCAUCACACUGCUUUGUGUGAUCAGGGAAAGUUACAUAAAAGUAAGCCCAAGGGACCUGAGGCAGAUGGAGGGGAUAGGGAGGUAAGCACCACGUUAAUUGUAAGUCCAAAAAAUAGUAUAGUUUCUAAGUCUUGUUCUAAAGUUGUGUUGCAGACGGCUCAAGCAAUGUUGGUUGGCAAGAAAAGCGGUCGUGUGAGAGUGUUGUUGGACUCGGGGAGUCAGAGGACGUUUGUUACUGUUAAGGUUGCGAAAGCUCUUGGUUGCGAGGUUGUGCGUGUGGAAAACUUGAGCAUUGGGACGUUUGGGCAAAGGGCUUUGGAUUCUGAGUUGAGAAGUGUUGUGCGGUUAGAAUUGAAGUCUUUGUUUGGGAGCCAAGUUGUGUCUGUUGAGGUUUACGUUGUGCAAGAAAUAUCGGUGAUUAGGAAUCAACAUUUGGAGGUUGUGAGAGAAAAUUAUGCGCAUUUGAAGGAUCUUUGGUUGUCUGAUGUUUGUAAGUCGAGUGAGGACUUAGAAGUUGAUGUUCUUGUGGGUGCAGAUUAUUUGUGGUUGUUGCAAAGGGAUUGUGUAAGACGCGGUAAGCCCGGCGAACCUGUUGCGAUUGAUACUGUUCUUGGUUGGGUGGUUUCUGGGCCGAUCGGUGGGUUUGAUGUAGAUGAACCAGUUACUGCUCAGGUUACUCUUGUUUCUAGCGAAGUGCGAAACCCUUCGGUAGAUAUUACUAAAUUUUGGGAUUUAGAGAGCACAGGGAUAAAAGAUCAGAAUAGUGAUGUGCAUGAAUCAGUGAUUAGUGAUUUAAAGUUUAGUGGUACACGUUAUUCAGUUGGCCUAACCUGGAGAGAAAGCCAGGAUCCCUUGCCCACUAACUAUGAAUUGAGUCUUAAGCGUAUGAAAGGACAGAUAAAGCGCCUGAACAAGGAUCCAGUAUUAUUAGGUGAGUAUGACUCCAUCAUAAAAGCGCAAGAAGAAGCAGGUGUUAUUGAAAAGGUAAGCCCGAAUAAAGUAAUUAAUCCCAAGUCAAAAGUACAUUAUAUACCACAUCAAGCUGUUGUGCGUAAAGACGCAACAACGACGAAAGUCAGAAUUGUUUAUGACGCCAGUGCUAAGUCGCAAAAGUCUGGUGUUUCAUUGAAUGAUUGUUUGAAUGCUGGACCCUCGCUUAAUCCACUUCUUUUCGAUAUUUUGCUUAGAUUUCGAGAACAAAGGGUAGCGCUCGUAGCGGACAUCGAAAAAGCGUUUUUGAAUAUUGAAGUUCACGAAAAGGAUCGCGAUAGUCUGAGGUUUUUAUGGGUAGAUGACGUGCUGCGAAAUAACUUAAAUCUUGUCGUUUAUCGUUUCUGUAGGGUCGUGUUUGGUGUGAACUCGUCACCGUUUUUGCUCAAUGCUACGUUAAGGCACCAUAUUAGUAAGUACGCAGUGUAUGAUAAGGAUUUUGCCUAUAAAUUAUUGAGAAGUUUUUAUGUCGACGACUUAGCUACCGGCGAAGCUAACACAGAAAGUGCGUAUUUGUUAUAUACAAAGGCUAGGGAGCGCAUGAACGAAGGUGGUUUUAAGUUGCGUAAAUGGCGCACUAAUGAUAGUGAAUUAAGGACGCAAAUACAAGAAAGCGCCAAUGAUUUAGACAAACAUGUAGAAGAGGCUGAAGAGCAAACAUAUGCGAAGGAAAUGCUUGCGUGCCAGGCCGGAGGCCAGUUUGGCAAGGUGCUUGGAUUGGAAUGGGAUUGCGUGCGCGACUUAAUUAGAUUUGACUUUGACCACUUGACUGAAAAAGCGCAGAAUUUAGAGCCUACUAAGCGAAAUGUUUUGAGUCUUCUAGCUUGUAUAUUUGAUCCCCUAGGACUUUUGAGCCCGACUGUUGCUAAAGCUAAAAUUCUUUUUCAGGAUAUAUGUAUUAGUAGUCUAGAUUGGGACGAUGUUUUGACCAAAAGCUUGAGAGAGAGAUGGGAGAAAUGGUUGAAGGAUUUUAGUGAGGCAAAAUGGGUGACAGUUGAGAGAUAUGCCAGCGUAUCAGACAAUAGUUUAGGGCAGUCAAGCGGAGCAAAGUAUUGGUUACAUGGGUUUGGUGAUGCAUCAAAACGGGCAUAUUGUGCGGUUAUUUAUCUUGUAACCAUAGUGAACGACAAGGCACAGGUUAAGUUAGUAGCCAGCAAGACUAGAGUGUCUCCGAUUAAAGAGCUUAGUAUACCCAGACUAGAGUUAAUGGCAGCUAGGAGUUUAGCGCAAUUAAUGGAUGCAGUUAGACUAGCGCUAGAAGUAGAAUACAAGUUUGAAGGCGUGAGAUACUGGACUGACAGUAAGACUGUAUUGUGUUGGAUAAGUAAUACAGGUAGCUGGAAGCAGUUCGUUCAACACAGAGUGGACGAGAUUUUGAGAAUAAGUUCGAAGAGAGACUGGGGCCAUUGCCCAGGUAUAGAAAAUCCCGCAGAUUUAGGGGUCGAGAGGGGUUUUAAUAACAGAACUUAAAAAUAGUGAUCUUUGGUGGUCAGGGCCGUCAUGGCUGAAGGGUAAUCCUACUGACUGGCCGAGUUUGGUAACAGCAGUUCCAACUUUAGAAAGUAAAGUGGAACAGAAGAAAUCUUUUAGUGUCAAUUUGUUGAUCAAUACAGAUUCAUUGUUUGGCAUUUGCAAUUUGAUCAGUUUAGAAAGGUUCAGUUGCCUCAAAAGGCUGCUGAGAGUGACAGCAUGGAUGAAGCGAUUUAUAAGCAAUUUAAAGCGAAAAAAGUUAGGCAAAGGGGGAGUUAGUGGAGCGUUGGAAGCGAAUAAGUUAAGAAUUGUUUAACCAAUAAGGGAGUAGAUUGGAGAUUUAAUUUGGAAAGGGCCCCAUGGUGGGGAGGGUUUUUUGAAAGACUGAUAGGUCUUGUUAAAGUUUCUUUAAGGAAAGUUUUAGGAAAUUCAAGGCUCACAUUUGAUGAAUUGAGGACAGUUCUGGUUGAAGUCGAAGCUAAUCUAAACUCGAGACCGCUGACAUACGAAUAUGACGAGGUAAGCAGUGAGGUGCUUACACCUUCACAUUUAGUUUACGGUAGACGAAUUACUACACUACCAGAUAGUACUGAGGUAGAUGUUAGGGAGUUAGGACAGGAUUCUACCAAGGGCAAUAGCAUUGUACGCUUCAAAUAUUUGAGUACCAUUUUGGAGCACUUCUGGAACAGGUGGAAACGGGAAUAUCUUACAAACCUAAGAGAGUUCCACAAGGUUGGCGUGUCUGCGAAAGGAUCUGUGAUUGUGAAGCCUGGAGAUGUGGUCAUUGUGUUUGCGCAGGGAAAGAAAAGGGGGGAGUGGAAGACAGGUGUUGUGCAUGAGUUGAUUCAUGGCAAGGAUAAUGUUGUACGUGGUGCUAAGGUGUAUGUGAUGACAAAUGGUCGAAGGCAACUCUUAAGCAGGCCUUGUCAGCAUUUGUACCCGGUUGAGGUAAAGAAAGGGGAUGAAAUCAAGGAAGUUGGUGAGGUGAAUUUGGAUGUGGUUAAGGGAAAGGUCGACGGUACAGAGAGGCGACAAAAAAGGAGUGCUGCAAUAGACGCAAGGUGGAAAACAAAGGCGAUGCUUGACUCGUAGGUGAGUCAAGGGGGGGAGAGUGUCGGAUUUAUAACUUUAAUUUUAUUAUAAUAUAUAUGUGCUGUAAAUAUGUUGAAACUGUGUCUUGCAAAAUUAUACUAAUAACACUUAUUCUUAUUUCAAUUAGUUGUGUGACGCAUGUAUGUCAAAGAUAAUUGUAAGUUCGUUAUAGAUAAGCUGAAUUCAAGCCAAAGUAUGCUAAUAACAUUAUUGUAUGUAUUGCAUGAUGAAAAUAUGUAGGUACGGUUUCCGGACCGAAGUUAUAAAAUGUUGUGACGAACGCUAAUUUAGUUAGAAUGGUUAGAGGUCGUAAAGUAAAAGACCGGAUUGUUGUAAUUAACGUAUAGUAUUUGUGUGAAAUAAACUUUGUAAAACGAAAAGUGAGUGUUGAACCAGCCGUGCAGAAAUAUUCGUUGAACGAAGCCAGCGAAUUCUGCGACACUCACUUUUGCUUCUUAAGCGUUGUUUGUAAAAAUGAUCAGUACUUUUAAGAGGCACUGAAUCAAGUUUAGUAAUGUAUGCUUUGACUCCCAUACAAAAUUGGGAGUAAUUUUAUUUUUCGCGGUUGCCAAACUCACUAAUGUAGAUAAUGGCACAAUUGAAAUCAUCAAUUAUGAUUUAGUAGUAUAUUUGAUAUCAAAGUCAAAUACAAUACACACCAAAGCAAUAACAAUUUGGGAUAUUAUUAGACAAUAUCUGUUUCAACUUUUCCAACAAUAAUUCUGUGGGACAUUGCUGAUUUCUACAUACUUUAUUAUAUUGUGUAUGGAAACGUGUUACCCAGUCGUAGUCCCCUCCAACUGUCCUGCACAACGUCAGUCUCAACAAAUGCAGGGACCGCAGAAAAGGGGAAGGGGGGCAUGUCCACUGUUUGCUGCAUCAAGAUAAAAUCACGCAUGAAAUUCAAAUAUUAAAAAUCUUUUCUAAGGACAAGUGAAAAUUGAUUUAUCCCAGAGAUUUAGUUAUAUUUAUCCCAGAGAUUAAAACAGCAACAAAAGAUAUUACAAGACUCGAUUUGCCAUGCAAAUCGAAUGUCUGCUUAAACGAGAUAAACUCGGAUAAAAUUUGAUGCAAUGUUGAUAAUAGUGCAUGCAUGAAUAAAAGCCAAAUUAAACUAAUUGUUCAUGUGAACUAAAUUAACUUCUUUAAAACUAGAUGGCUCUGAACUUUUCGCCUUAAUUAUAGAGGUCCGGGACAGCGAGGAACAUCGCUCAUUGUUGCGAAGAGGAGAAAACCUGUAUCUGUUUGAGUCAAACUUGAAACACUCUUCUCGUAUGUGAGUGAAGUGAAUUUGUAAUCAAACAACUGCAUAUUCCAGGAAUGAAAUUUCGUGUGAAGACCCUGCCCAGUUGUAUAGAUCUUUCCGUCCUUCCUAUUGUACUUAUGAAAAGUUUCAUGAACUUAACGAACAUUUUAAAUUCUACGUCGUUUGUCAAGUGCAUAUACAGAGUGACCUUUAUUGACUCGCUAUAAUGAUAUAAUUUUCUUCUAGAACUUGCCAAAGACAGAACCUUAGAGUCGGAAGAAAAGCUCACUGCAAAUCAUUUAGGUAAGCUAUUUUGCUGA